AUGUGCCUUCAGACUGCCUUGGUGCAAGAAGUGCACCAGAACUUCUCAGCCUGGUGUUCCCAAGUAGUUCGCCUGUAUGCAGGAAAGAUGUACCUGAAGCUGGAGGGGACAGUGCGGUCGAUUCCCGUGGGUGACGACUGUGGAAAGGAGGUCAUCACUUGCUUUGACACAACACUGGAGAUGAAUGGACGCUUCUACACAGACAGCAAUGGCCGGGAGAUCCUGGAGAGGAGCUGGCCCAUCCAGUGCCCACAGGCCCUGUUCUCAACCUUCCCCAUCACCUACCUGCAGGAGACCACGCUGGCCGCCAGCAAGCCUCGGGACCAGGCCUCCAGGCUCCAGUGGACACUGAACACGGGUGGGGGCCUGGCCACGGCAGGAGCUGGGACUGUGUGGGACUCAGUGAUUGUUGAGGAUGUGGCUGUGGUCUUUAGCCAGGAAGAGUGGGCUUUGCUGGAUCUUGAUCAGAGGAAACUCUACAGAGACGUGAUGAUGGAAACCUUCAGAAACCUGGAUUCAGUAGUCUGUCGAAAACUUAAUCAUGGAGAAAAGUUAUCCAGUGAACAUAUAAUGGUGCAAUUCAUGAAGAAUAAUACCUGGUCUUCUAUGUUAGAAGAAAUUUCCGAAUUGCCUGGUGAUAAAGAUCAGCAUGAAAAACAGAGGAGACAUUUGAAAAGUCACACAGUAGAGGAUCUCUGUGAAAGUAAUGAAAGCAUUCCUCGUGGGAAAACUUUAAUCAAGAUUCCAAAUCUUACUGUGCUAAAGAGAACUCCUCCAGCAGUAAAUUCUUUUGAAUGGUGUGAGUGUGGAAAAGGCUUAAUGCAUCACUCACCACAUAAGCAUCAUAGCGGAUCUCACACUGGAUGCAGUACCUGUCAGAGUAAGGAAUAUGGAGAUGCCUGCAGCUGUCCUGCUCACCUAACCACUCCUCUGAGAACUCUUACUGGAAAGAAACCUCAUAAAUGUAAGGUCUCUGUGAAGGACUUCAUUUGUAUUUCAAUGCUGAAGAAGUCUGGCACAACACUCUCUGGUGAGAAACACUAUGAAUGUGACGAAUGUGGGAAAGAUUUCUGUAAUUUCUCAUCCUUUUGGGAACAUGUUGUAAGUUAUAAGCAUAAAUAUAAAGAGUGUUGUGAAGCCUGUAGUUAUACUUUGUCCCACAUUUUGGAUAAAAACUUUGCUAACAGAGCUAUGCCUUAUAAAUGUAAGGAAUGUGGGAAAGCAUUUAGUCAUUCUUUAGUCCUCACUAGGCAUAUAAAAACUCACAGUGGAGAGAGGCCUUAUGAAUGUAAGGAAUGUGGGAAAGCCUUUAGCCGUUCCUCACACCUCAUUGAACAUAUAAAAACACACAGUGGAGAGAGACCUUAUGAAUGUAAGGAAUGUGGGAAAGCCUUUAGUCAGAUUUCACACCUCACGACACAUACAAGAAUUCACAGUGGAGAGAGACCUUAUGAAUGUAAGGAGUGUGGGAAAGCAUUUAGUGAGGCCUCAUCACUCACAAAACAUAUAAGAACUCACAGUGGAGAGAAGCCUUAUGAAUGUAAGGAAUGUGGGAAAGCCUUUAGGUGUUCCUCACACCUCACUAAACAUUUAAGAUCUCAUAGUGGAGAGAGGCCUUAUGAAUGUAAAGAAUGUGGGAAAGCCUUUAUAUGUUCUUCACACCUCAUUGAACAUAUAAGAACUCAUAGUGGAGAGAAGGCUUAUGAAUGUAAGGAAUGUGGGAAAGCUUUUAGUUGCUCCUCACACCUCACUUCACAUAUAAAAACUCACAGUGGAGAGAAGCCUUAUGAAUGUAAAGAAUGUGGAAAAGCCUUUAGUCAGGCCUCAUCCCUCACUACACAUGUUAGAACUCACAGUGGAGAGAGGCCCUAUGAAUGCAAGGAAUGUGGGAAAGCCUUUAGUCAGUCAUCAAACCUCACUAUACACAUAAGAACUCACAGUGGAGUUAGGCCUUAUGAAUGCAAGGAAUGUGGGAAGGCCUUUAGGUGUUCCUCACACCUUACUGAACAUAUAAGAACUCAUAGUGGAGAGAGGCCUUAUGAAUGUAAGGACUGUGGGAAAGCCUUUAGUCAAGCCUCAGCCUUCAAUAUACAUAUAAGAUCUCACAGUGAAGAGAGACCUUAUCAAUGUAAGGAAUGUGGGAAAGCCUUUAUUCAGACCUCAUUUCUCACUCAACAUGUAAGAAUUCACAGUGGCGAGAAGCCUUAUAAAUGUAAGGAAUGUGGGAAAACCUUUAAUUGUUCCUCACACCUCACUUCACACAUAAGAACUCAUAGUGGGGAGAGGCCUUAUGAAUGCAAGGAAUGUGGAAAAGCCUUUAUUCAGGCCUCAGCUCUAACUACACAUAUAAGAACUCACACUGGAGAGAGGCCCUAUGAAUGUAAGGAGUGUGGGAAAGCAUUUAGUCAGGCCUCAACUCUCACUACACAUGUAAGAACUCACAGUGGAGUUAGACUCUAUGAAUGUAAGCAGUGUGGGAAAGCCUUUAGUCAGUCAUCACACCUCAGUAGACAUAGAAGAACUCACAGUGGACAAACCUUGUGA